AUGAGUGCCUCGAAACCAUCACUAUUCAAGCGCCCAGCAUGGGCAGCAGCUCCGAACGCCACGGCCGCCAGUGCAGGAAAGCUGUCAGUCUUUGGUCAGCUCAAUGUCGCCGAAGACAUUGUGGCGGAGGAUCGACGGAAACGAGAGGAAAGGGAAGCCAAGCAGCGGGCAAAAGCAGAGAAGUUGUCUGCCAAGUCGAUCGCGGAUGAUGAGCAACCAGCACCUAAGAAGAGACGGAUAUCGAAGGAUCGGGAGUCCUCUCCUGUAGACAGUGAAACAUCGAGCACGCAUGCAGGCUCAUCACCCUUCAAGGCUUCGACACCUGAGCCAGUCGAGACGAAACGCAGCCUGCGGAGCACUCCAAAGAAGAAUCAAGUGUUACUCGAAGGAAUAGAGCCAGAGAGCCGAAAGAAGCCGGAACGCAAAACAACUGUUAUAUCUCUGGACGAAAGCGACGAUGACGGUAGUGGCGAUCUCAUCUCGCCUGCACCCACGCCCAGACAGAAACCCAGUGCCGGUCCUAGCACAUCAACCCGAGCAUCAAAACCAGAACCCGCACCACCACCAGAAGACGAAGAAGAUGACCCGUUCCUCCGAGAACUACAACGUAAAGCCAGAGAGUCAACCAGACAGCAGCAGAAUGCUAGACGGUCUCAGCCGCCCAUAGAGACACCUGGCGCUGCUACAGACGAGCACGGUUCUCCCUCACAGGCAUCACCCGACACCUCCCAAUUAAUCGACACCACUCAACCCACCCAACCAACCACCCGCGAAGCCAAUGUCGCCAUCUGGAUCAAAACCCACAUCCCCAAUACCAAAGACCUAGUCGUCAACCGCCGCGCCUCCCAAAUCCUCCAACAAGUCCGCGAGUUCUGGAUCAACAAGCACAAACUCGAGCCCGCGCUUGCCAGCCAAGUCUUCUUCGCCUGGCGCGGCACCCGCCUGUACAACUCCUCCACCGCGCAAUCACUCAUCAACAUCCUCAAACGCGAAGCGGGCAUUCCCUUGCACUCAGACGAGGACCCAUCGGAGGGUAAACUCCACGUUGACGCCGUGACGCAAGACAUCCUCGACCAGCAGGCUCGCGCGAAGGCGCAGCUUGCCGCUGCUGUCGAGGCUGCUCAGAACGGCGCUGCUGAAGAAGACGAUGACGCAGCAAACGCCGACGACGCGGGAGAGGGACCGCCCGAGCCGCCGAAGAAAGAGAGUCUUCUCCUGAUCCUGAGAUGCAAAGGGGUGGAGGAGCUGAAGCUGAGCGUGAGGCCCAGCACGCGGGUGAGCAAGAUCAUGUCUGCGUUCCAGUCGCAGAGGAAGAUUGACAAGUCGAAAAAAUGCUGGUUGGUGUUUGAUGGGGAUCGGCUCGACGAGGACGAGGCAGCGGGAGGGGUAGGAUUUGAUGAUGCCUGCGUUGUGGAGGUGCAUCCGAGAUAG